CUGAGCUGCCUUUCCUGAUUUCCGCUCCUUUGAGAUGACUGACCUUACCAGAAGACGGCGCACCGCCCAGCAAAUCCUCCUGCGACGAGCUUUGAGCAAAAGCGUUGGCAGGUGCCAGGCUGCCACUGAAUUGGUCCCGAACAAGGGUGGCAUCGUGGUACCUCCUUCUCUGACCAGAGAACCUCAACUGCUUAAUCAAAUUAGGGAGAGAUCGUCGUCGAGAGCGGUAAAGAAAGUGCACAGGUUUUUGGCAGCUAAUCCUUUUAGGAUUUUGCAAGAGCGGAAGGCGGCAGGGAAACUAUCAGGAUGUGUGCUUCAGAGGAAAGACUCACUUUCCUGGAGAAAACUGAAGCCAAGUGACGCUGACCCAACCAUCAGUGGUCACAAUCUUAAAAUCAAUGAACGUUCUAGGGGCAGCACAAGAUCUCGACAUAGUUCCUCUACUUAUCCAUCUACUUGGCAGCUGAAUGUGAGUAGAGCCAAAGAGGAACUUCAAGAUAAUUCUCAAGGAUCUCUGGAGGAGAUCAUCAAUUGUUCGAUUCUAAAUCGAACACCCUAUGAUCACCAGCUUAGUAUGCCCCUCAAGUCGGAUAAUUCGUGCCAAUGCACUAUCAAUAAGAAAUCACGACGAAGGGGUAGGAAAACCAAAACAGUUUCUGUGGCUCAGGCCCAGACCCAGACAAUCAGAGAAAGCGGGAAAAAAAGAAGCUUAAGCAAAAGCAGUGAAGUAAGUGUGCAGUUCCAGAGAUUAAAGCAGAGGGUGUACAGCGGCGAGGAAUUCAGUCAAGAGCGAAAGAUUUGCAUAUCACCAUCUAAAAUCAGCGGCAACUCUAAGGUGUCUUUCAAGUGUGCGAAAACUUGCCCCGGCAAAUCCUAUAAAAAUUUUGGAGGUUACAGUCCUUCGGAAACGGAUAUCGAAACAGAAGCGGAAUACCAUCCGAAUCUGCAAGGUCCAUCUGCUUAUCUAAAUAAAAUAGAGGAGAUAAGCAAACCUGCAUCAAAUGUUGAUAUGAAGUGGAGCCAUAACAUGCCUAGCAAAACGGAAAUCCAACAAUCUAUGGCCAGAGGUAGUCAAGAAAGCGAACGUAUGUAUAAAGAUCAAGAUUGGGAAAUUCAAAGAAAGAUAGCCAAAUGUUAUUGUACAAAUGCACGAACAAAGGAAAACCAAGCUAGAAGUGGUGGAGUCAAAGAUAUUAAAUCUAUAAGACAUGGUGAACUUCAACAGAGUAUACCAAGAAUCGGAUCCGAAAACAGACGCAUGAAUAAUCCAAACUUUCAUGAUAAUGAUCAGAAAUUUCAGAGAAAAUACUCAAAUUGUUUUUGCACGAAUCCACGGAGGAGAGAUAACUUAGUUGAAAAUGCCAGAGCACAAGAAACAAUGUCAAAGAAAAGUAGUGUUGAUAAUUCAUUUAAUUCUUUAAAUGGAUAUUCAAUGCAAUCGGAAUCUUCGCAAGUUAGCUUAUCAACUUCUGAACAAUUUGCUUAUGAAGCUAGUGAAGAUAAUUUUAGCCAUGAUGAAUUUAGAGCACAAAAUGCUUAUCAAAGUAAUGUUUAUCAAACGAACGAAUAUUCAACUAAAUCAGGUCCUUCCGUUAAAAGCAUAAUAUACUAUUCUGAUGAUUCAGAUAGUCAAGAAACAAAACGUGAAGGUCAAACCAAUAACAAUCAGAUGGUUAAUGCAUCCUCCAAGUCCAAAUCUUUUUUAAAUCGGGAAUUAAGACAAGCUAAAGCCUCAAAGCGACCACCUAAAAGAGGUACUCAAAGUUUUAAUACUGAGGAAUCAUCUCCAGGAUUCUUGCAAAUGAGAACCAGACAAGAAAUAAAUAGUGGUGGUGUCAUGCGCACUGAGGCCAUUACGCAGACAUCUGAAUUAUUAAUAUCAAAAAGAAUAUAUGCAAGCUCCGACAACUCUCAGGGAAUGCCUUCAAAUAAAGCCAACCAGGUUGAAGAAUCGAAUCAAGGGCUAAAAAAUUCAGUAAAACCAAAUCAAGAUAAUUUCAAGCAAGCUAAAACAGAUAAAACAAAAUUAAUGUCCAAACAAAAUCAAGAUAUGGAGGUUCAAGAACAAAGUAAAGUAUUGAAACUAGUACAAUCCAACUCACUAAUAAUUGAUUCAGACAUAGGGCAAUACCAAUUAGUACAAUCUAACUCGGUAGAACUUAAAUCGCUCCCAGAAUUUGUUCCAAAAACUAAAAAGGCAAACCCUACUCGGAAACGAAGAAGUAGUCGAUCUUGCUGUCGUUGCUGCAGUCGAUGUAGUACUCGGAAAAGAUCUUUAAAAAAGCCUGUCAUUUCUGAAAAAACAAAAAAACGGGUGUGCGAAAAUUGUGAAUGCAAUCCUACAGUUGAUAAGAAUCAAAAGGUAAUCGGAGGAAUGCCCAAUAGUGGCAAAUGUAACGUGAGGGAAAUAUUAGACAUUUUGCAAAAAACUUUGGCAGGACUGGAAAAACAAAUAAAUAUAAAAAAGGGAUGUAAAGGCUCGAAUAAAAAAAAAACAGUUAAAAGUACGAAACCAAAAAGCAGCAAAGGACAUGCUCAACACAACAAGAUUCCAAAUCAAUAUGUUAAUCAAGUCGGUACCCAAAAUAUCCCUUACAAGCAAGGUAAUUCUCUUUCAGACCACGAUCAGCCUUUAGAUACUUUUCAAAAUCAUCCCUACCUACACAAUAAAACUGUUCCUGCCAAUGUUGGAGCACCAACGAAUAUAUAUCAAACUAAUGCUUAUGGAACAGCAGGUCCCGCCAAUGUUGAAAACCCAUCGAACAUAUAUCGAAGUAAUUCAAAUACAAAUUUACCGAAUUCUCCUUUUUAUAAAAAUUCAGCAAGUCCAAAAAACGUUGGAGAAAAUAUUCAUCAAAACAACACAAUUCAAAGGACAGCCCUGCCCGAAAAUGAUCCUUUAAAAAAUGGAUCCAAUCCAGCUCCUGUUGAGGUGCCUUUUAAAAAUGAAAGAAUAACUAGAAGUACUGAAAAUAGUUAUCGAAAUCAGGAAACCUUGAACGAACCCAUUAAAUAUAUAAAUGAACCCCAUGAACAAAGCAAUUACUCAAAAGAGGAUUAUAACAAUCAAAUAUUAAGUCAAUCCUUUAAUCAAACAUACACAACUCCUCAAUGCAUUAGAAACAAUCCUCAAAUGGAUGGUUUCCAAGAGAGUGCUUUCGCUAGAACACCAAUGACGGAUUCAGCAUACAACCAGGGUUCAAGAGACACAACAAAUUCUACAAGCCAGAAUUCAAAGAAAAUGUGCAAAGGUCCAGAAUGCUGUCCAUAUCGAAGUCUUUAUAAAGUAGACGAUGGCUUAAUAAAUCGAGGGGUUGUUACCUUUCAAGACUGCGAAAAAAUCUGCAAAGAAAGCUCUAGCCCCAAUGACGUGCCCAAUAAGGGAACAACAAAUCAAGGACCUUUACAAAUAUGCACAAAUUUUGCUUACCCGGAAAAUUUAAAACAGUUCAGUUCGUGGGCUAAUCAGACCAACUCUAUUUCAAACAAAGCUCCAUCCUAUCCAACGGGAAAUGAUUCGCCCAGGAUCAAUCCUGAGUGUGCAUGUGGUUAUGAGCAAAAGGAGAAAGAAAAAGUAUGCAAUGGUCCCGAGUAUUGUCCGUAUCAAAGUAGAUUUAGGGCAGAUGUCGCACCAAACAGUCGCGGGGGAGUUACUUUCCAGGACUGCGACAAAUCCUGUAUAGAAAUGUCAGGAAGAAAUUAUGAGGAUCCGGUAAAAGUAUGCGAAAAUUACCCUAUCCCAGAAACUAUACUAUAUUUAAAGUCAUGGGAUAAUUCAAUUUACCCCAUUUUGAACAGGACUCAAGUUUUGCGAAAGAAAAAUGCCAUAACAGAGUGCGAUCCAGAAUGCUUUUUUGAACAAAAGCAGCGGCAAGUUCCUUUUCAAAAGGGUGGCACGGCUGAUAACUAUAAAGACUUUUGUGAAAAUCCCUAUUGCCCAGAAAACAAUUCAUUUAAAAAUGUUUCAAGAUCUGAGAGGGGACAAACUUGUCAAGAACUUAGGAGCUCUAAGUGGGAGAAUUCAAACCGUCCAGAAAACGAAUUAGUUUACAGGACUUUCACUCAUUACCAUCAGGAAGAACCACUUUAUCAAGAAGAACUGCAUGAAUCUCCUGAAAGACAAGUUAUUUGUGAACUUGGAUCCGAAGAAGACUCCAAUUAUUCAGAUGCUCAACAAUGCUUUAAUAGCUCCAGCUAUAUAAAACGGUCUUACUCAACAGAAGAGUGCUCACCAAACUGUCCUACAAUACCAAAGAUGUCAAAUCAAGAUGAUAAAAGGAAAGAAAGUCCCCGAAUUACUAAAGUUUCUACUUCCCGAAGAAGCCGGAAUUCAGAUCGAGUUACAAAUAAUAGAUUACAUGGGGCUCCCAAAAAAGACAAUUUGUGCAACAAUUCUCAAUUUGAAAAUGGAAUUUUUUCAGACAAAAAAAAAACAUAUAGAUAUAAUGAAAGGCAACCAAAAGUAGGGGACGAAGAUGUUUUAGAUAUAUGCCCGCAAGAAUGUCUCAAUCAAGGCUCCUUUAACUAUCUCAAAAGUCGUUAUAAGCAAUUAGCUUUGGAAAUUGUCGAUAAUUGCAAAUGCCCAGAUGGAUUAAAUAGAGUUUCCAGUAAAGAUAAUUUAGGAAAAAAUUCGCAAUGGCUCGAAAAAAGAAAAAAGUACAAAACUGAAAGGUAUGAAGAACCUGAUAUCAAAGUUUGUGAGAACCCAAACUGCAUCAACCAAAACCGUGUGAUUAGGGAUCAAAAUAAAUAUCCAACUUAUGCCGACAACUCUUAUAGAGCCGGACCUAAAAGAAAAUACGAUAAACAAUUGUGUGAAAAUCCAAAAUGUCCUGAUAAAAAAAGUAUAUAUAUUGCACGGAACGAAACUGGAUAUAUGAAUGUAACCUCGCAUAGAGUCCGUUCUGAAAGAAAGUCAUCGUACAAGGAAAGCAAACCAAUCGCUCAGGGAAAAAUUCCAAGUGAUAUUUCUUAUGAUCCCAACUGUCUAGAACGGAAUGUUGAAUACAAGGACAUUCAGUCUGAGGAAGAUUCAGACUCGUGUCCUGAUGAUUGUUGUAAUUGCCAACGUUAUCUUUCUAUCACCGAUAGAAGUAAUCGUGUAAAACAAGAAGAUAAUGAAUUUAAGGCCUGCGUUAAUCAAAAAUGCCCAGAUAGAUUAAAUACUGUGGAUCAAAACAAGUAUUAUAGAAAAAAUGGAUAUGAAAAACAAGUUCAUGGAAUUCCAGAUUGCCCUGGUGAAACAAAUGAAAAUGGGAAUGCAGCCUAUGGCCAUAAUAGGGUGUGCUCUGAAAAAAAUUCAACAAAAAUGGAACAAAAAUCAAUGGAUCUAGAUGAACCGUAUUUAUGCUCUGUAGAUUGCCCCAAUCGUCAAAGAGUUCUCUUCACCGAUCUUCGUCGAUUUAAAAUAAAACAAAGAAAUACAAGUCGUCAAAACAGUGGAAGAUCAGAUGAAUAUGCAGACGGUAAGAUCGUAGCAAAGGCCUGCAAUAAAUGUAAGAGAUAUGUCCCUCUUGAAAGCGAUCGUCAGGCAAUCAAGAAAUAUUGUAGACCCUGUAAAACUAAAGUAAAAAGAAACACCGGAUCGGUAGAAAACAUAAUGGUAUGCAUUAGCCCUGGUAAGCAAGCACCUAUUUUUGUUAAAAAUAGGCCUAAUCCACUUGUAAUAAACCCCAUUUUGAAUAGCUACGACAAGCAUAUUUUGAAAAAUUUUCAAAAAUUCAAAGCAGAAAAAAAUAUACGACGGAAAUGUUCUGAAGGUUGCCCUUUUAUUGGUCAUAUCGAAGAUGAAAUCCCAUUAAAAAACCACUCGUCCAGCUCUAGAGAUAAAAAAGCUCCUCAAGAAAAGCCCAGUCCGUGUUAUUGUGAAAGUGAAGAAUUGAUAGAGUACAAAGAUCAAAAAAUAAACAAAUCCAAAAUUUCAUUUAUUACUUGUGAAAAAUCACCGAAAAAUGAAAGCAAAUCAAAGACAAAUUUUGAGUCACCUUCUCGGGAGAAGGAACCCAGCCCUAUGGGAAAUAAUAAAUCGAGUGGAUUUAGCUGUCUUAAGCAAACGGAAAAAUAUUCCCAAGAAAAGUCGAAGCCAAACGAGAAAACUCCAUCAAAAUCAAGUGGAUUUGCAUGUUUUAAGCAAAAAGACCAAAAAAUCCCAGAAAAGAACAAACCAAUCGAGAAAUCCCAUUCAAAAUCUAGUGGAUUUCUAAGUUUUAAGCAAAAGGGAAAAAAUCAACAAGAAAAGCCCAAACCAAAUAAGGAAACACCUUCAUCAAAAUCUAGUGGAUUUCUUUGUUUUAAAAAAAAAGAAAAGCCUCCUCAAGAAAAUAAACCUGAAAUGAAUAAAAAAUCAGAAUAUGGAAUUAUUGAAAAGCCAUCAGGUCCAGGGGUCCAAUACAGGAAAAAAAAGGACAAGGAAAAUAAUGCAAAAAUCAAAAUAGAAGAAAGAAAUAAGAAAUCCUCGAAGCGUAGCGGAUUUUUCAGUUGGUGCAAGAAACAUCAGACUGCCAAGGAGUCUAGUCGAAAAGUUGAGAAAGUUCCCUCGAAUAUAACAUGUACUUGUAGUAAAUAUGCCCAACCAAAAGAUCAAGAGAUACCCAUGCUUAAAUCUGAAAUGCCUUUUCGCUGUCCAUGUGCUCCCGAAGAUAUCGAGGACGGCGAGGUUAAGGUCCUAUAUGACUCCAGUUUCCGUUUCCAAAAAGAAAGUAGCAGCUGUGCCGAGGUUGCGAAAAAAGUAUAUUGCCAUAAUAAUCCACAACAACCUGCGCAAGAUACUUCAGAUUGGUAUGAAUCAUCGCGUGCAACUUCAACAAUAUCCUGCCGCCAAAAGUUCGGGGAUCAGGAGACCACAUACUGUCCAUGUGCCAGUGCCAAUGGAUUCUACAAAAUUGUGCGGUAACUAUGAUUGGGAGUUUCAACAAAAAUACCAACAUUUUUGGAAAGCUCCCAAUCAUAAGUACCCAAAGUAGGCAAUUCAAACGAGUGGAAAACGUACAGUUAAAUCAAUGCCAAGGAUUCAAAAUAUCAUAAUCGAAUAACUGUUUUAAAACCCAAUUAAUUCUAGUAAGAUUGCUGACCAUCAAACUUAUUCCAGUUAAAAAAAUUAAAUUCUAGAUAAAGAAUAAAAACCGGUUUUCUUUUAAA